AUUUUAAAAUUCAGCAGUAGUAAAAUAGAUAAAAAAAAGUACAAUACCCAACUAAAUCUCAAUUGUCAAUGAUAUUUCGUUACUGUGAAUCGUAUCGUAUUUCACGUGAAUUUAAAACUUUUAGCGUUUAUAUCUAAGGUGACUCUUAACGAAAGAAAAAUAAAAUGCAUACAACGCGUUUUGUGAUUUUUAUGUCAUUGUUUUUGAGAAUAACUGGAACUAUUCUUAAAGAUGGCGGUUAUGAAGAUGUUUAUGUUUUGAUUCAUGAAAGUAAUGACGAAAGUGAUGAAUUGUUACAAAUAAUUAAGAACGUGCUUACAAACGCUUCACAACUGUUGUUUAAAGCCACUCACAAUCAGAUCUACUUUAGAAAGAUAAAAAUAAUUAUACCAAAGACAUGGUCACGACAAUCAACAUACAAGCAGCUCCCCACACCUCCACUGAAAGACUCCUUUUUCUCAGUAGACAAAAAUGGCGACAAAGCACCGCAGGCUAAAGGACACUUUUUAUGUGGGAAGGCCGGCCAGUUUAUACAUUUAUCCGAUAAGUUUCUGAUGGCGAAAGGAAGAUCUGCCUGGGGUCUUCAUGGUAACGUGGUCGUUCAUGAGUGGGGUCAUCUCAGAUGGGGAUUGUUCAAUGAAUUACCAAUGAAAGGAAAACAAUUCUAUCAGGCAAAUGGCAAAUGGAACCCAACAAGGUAUGUAGUUUGUACAUUGUAUUACUAUUUCAUUGAUAUUGAAGUUAAUUUCAAAACAACCUACGUUUUGUUUAGUCUAUCGGAGUUUUGUGACCAGAAUAUCGAAGAAGUGCAAAAGGAACACCGGCACCAAAGACAUGCUCCAACUUUUCAUAACAAACAAUGCAAUUAUAAAAGUGCGUGGGAAGUUAUGAAAACCCAUAGCGAUUUUCAAAACGCUAAACAACUCCCUGUGUCAACAAAUACAAUCCCAGAAUUCGAGAUAAUACAAGAAACUACGAGUUAUCGUGUGUUUGUAUUAGAUACAUCGGGAAGUAUGCAGGGUGAAAGACUCGAGACCCUUAGACAUGCCAUGGAAAAUGUAAUACAGCAGUUGAUCUUAAAAGGAAGCUGGGUUGGAAUUGUUUCAUUUGGUACAACAGCUACAGUAAAGAAAGACCUGACUGAGAUCAACACUCAGCAAGACCGCAAAAAUUUAAUAAGCGUUAUCCCUGAUUCAGUUUCAGGAUGGACAUGUAUGGGAUGUGGUAUGAUAGAAGCAAAAAAGCUUUUAACAAAGAAGCUCGGAACUGUUUCUCAAGGUGAAAUUAUUCUGAUAUCUGACGGAAAAGAUACAUCAGAUAAACCCGAUGUUAAAGUCCAUGUUGAUGUUGCCAGACAUGAAGUGAUAAGUGCCAAAAUAACUGUUCACACUAUAGCUAUAUCUCAACAAGCGGAUCAUUUACUUGGUGAUAUCGCACGAGAAACUGGCGGCAAAUAUUACAUGUAUUUUGACAAUGGAGGUAUUAGUCUUUUUGGAGCAUUUUCUGAAACUCUUUCCGGUGGUUUAACUUCUGCAAGAAAUAAAAAUGUCAUGUUGAUGGCACAUAAAAUGAAUUCGGUGAAUACAAACCAACAUAAUAUAUCGUUUGCUCUAGAAAAAGGAUUGGGUGGUGACACAACGUUUUCCUUCAUAACGCCCACGGACACAGACGUCAAAUUUGAACUGACCGGCCCGAACGACUAUAAUCAGUUUAUUGAAAGUCAUGGAAGCAUUACAACUUUAUCAAUUCCGGGUACUGCACAAGCCGGAGAAUAUGAAAUGAUAGUCACGACCGGAACGAUGCCCAGAACUGUAGAGUAUUUCGCAAAAUCAGAUGCUACCAGUGACGACAUAGUCAGAGUGACGUCAUUGCUCUCAACCAAUAAUAUUGAUUUAUCUACUGGCGAUCUACCAAUUAUUUUCUCUGAAGUCUCAAAAGGGUAUUUACCAAUUCUUAAUGCAACAGUUACAGCCCAUGUUGAGACGGGUAAUCAUAUCUGCGACGUGCCACUAAUGGAUGACGGGAUAGACCCAGAUUCAUUUAUUGACGAUGGAAUUUAUUCUGGCUAUAUAUUUCCCACUUGCUUACAUUCUGGUCGAGUUAACGUGAAAGUUGAUGUAAAAGGAGCGCAAGGACAGACCCAAGUUCUACAGAGUGUCACAGGAGCUCCGAAUCCAGAAGAAGGUGAUAUUGAUGAGCGCACUGAAGUCUAUGACAGCUCCUUUCAGCGUGUACAAAUUCUUGAACAGUUGAAUGUGACUAACUACAAAAAUAUUACGAAAUCAGAAGAUUUGAUAGCACCAGGAAAAAUUACUGACGUCAACAUUCACCAUAUCCAAUCAAAAGAAUUUAGUAACUCAGAGAGAAGAAAUUUCACAAUAUCUUGGACAGCAACUGGUGAUGAUAAAACCAUUGGCAGAGCUUCAAGCUAUAUUUUUAGGAUUGCCGACGAUUUUGACGUCUUACUUCAUGACUUUGAUAACGCUCCUAUACUUGAAGUGGGAAAUAAUUCACUUAUUCCGAAACCGUCAGGCGACAUCGAAGUUCUCAAGAUUAUUGUUGACGCUGAGGAAUCUUAUACUGGAACGGCUUUCUUUGCCUUACAAGCUGUUGAUGAAACCGGAAAUAAAGGGAGCGUCUCAAACAUUGUUUCCAUAGUCGUUGCUAAGGGAUAUCGUGCUUUUGGUGAGGAAGGAACAUUGGACAUUAAAGAUGAUGUGACUUCACAUGCCGUAUGUUUUCGGGCGUUGACUGUUGUAAUAAUAAUAAUGUUUAUUUCAUGCAACUUAAUCUGAUUUAUUGAAUUGAUUGGGACGUAAAGCAAAAGAAUCAUCAUUGUGUUCAUUAUCAUCAUUAUAAUCAUCAAUCAUAUUAUCUACAUCAUCAUCACAAAUUGCAUUUUCUAAAUCAUCGUUACCAAAUUUAUUUUCUACAUCAGCAUUUUCAAUUACAUUUUUCUACAUCAGAAUUUUCUACACCAUCAUUAUCAUUAGCAUUUGCUUCAUCAUUAUCAAUAACAUUUUC